AUUAGGGUUUUCAGCAGUCAGCGACACAGCAACAGCAAAACCAGAGCAGGCGACGGCGACGGCGAGAUAGGAAAAUAAGAACUUCAGCCUUCAACGUGCCGCCGCCCCUGACCUCAGCCCCAUCAACAUCAAGGCAAAAGAAAUAUGGUUCGAAAGAAAGAUCGAUUUUGGGAGUAUGUUGAAGAACUAAAUGGUCGUUUCAAAUGUAAAUUCUGUGAAUGUAAUUUUGCUGGGGGUGCUACAAGGAUUAAAGCACACUUAGCUGGAGUUAAAGGCCACGAUAUUGAUAUUUGUAAAAAAGUACCUAAAAAAGUCCAAGAAGAAGCUUCUCUAAAUAUUGGACAGCCUAACAAAAAACUUAAAGGUGCAUCAACUUCAAGGGCUGAGGAGAGGAAAAUCGGCUCAACUUCAAUAAUGAAGGAUGACACAUUAAGUGGACUCUUUAAAAAGAGAAAGGAAGAAUACAGAGCUGAAAUUAUACUAAAUGUUGUUGUGGAGGGACUUUUAGCCAAGUUGAGAUCAACCGUUAUAGAGGACCAUAUUAGUUUAGAGCGGGGUUUCAAGGUGGGGCUAAUGGACCUUCUUAUCUUGUUAACCCAGAUUCAACUUGUGUUAAAUGAUGUUGAGAAAAGACAAGUAAGUGAUGAGUUUUUGAGGAGCUGGUCAGCAAAGCUUAGAGAUGUAGCUUAUGACAUUGAUGAUGUGCUGGAUGAGUUUGGCUAUAAGAUUCUUCAGCAGAAGGUACUAAGCUCCUAUUUACUCUCCAAUCACAUUGUAUCCCCCCUCAAUAUGGCAGAAAAUAUUAAGACCAUCAAUGAAUCAUUAAAUACACUUAAAGAUGACAUUGCUAGUUAUGAUCUUCAAGCGGAGUUUAUUAAAUCGAUCCCUGAGAUUAGCUUUAACAUGGAGAUAGACUCCUUCCUUGAUGAUUCAGAAGUUAAUCAAAAUGUUGGAAAUAACAUUGUUGAACCAACCUAUUGUGAUAGUGUGACUGGAAUCACGGAGACUCUUCCCCAAUAUGAAUUAACAAAAUAUGAUUGUUGGUCCAUAUUCAAGAAAAGAGCAUCUGCAAAUGAAAGACCUUUAACUCUAGAUUUGGAGAAAAUUGGAAAGGAGAUUGUUAAAAAAUGUAAAACGAUUCCAUGGGCUGCAAGAUUUUUAGGGGGAAUAAUGUACUUUAUACAUGAUAAAGGUGAAUGGCUAUCGAUUCAGAAUAAUAAAAAUUGGGAUUUAUUGGAUGAUGAUAACAAUGGAGUGUUUCACAUAUUAAAGUUAGGCUAUGAUCAUCUUCAAACACCAUCUUUGAAACGAUGUUUCGCAUAUUGUGCAAUUUUCCCUAAAGAUUAUAACAUGAAAAAGGACGAAGUAAUUCAACAUUGGAUGGCUGAAGGGUUCCUUGGACCAUCUAAAGAAGCUAAUAUGGUGAUGGAGGAUAUUGGUAACAUGUAUUUCAAUAUUUUGUUGGCCACUUCCUUUUUCCAAAAUGCUACAAAGGAUGCCUAUGGUGAGAUUAUUAGUUGCAAAAUGCAUGAUUUGGUGCAUGAUUUUGCCAUCUCAAUUUCAAAAUCUGAAAUUCGAAUUUUGGAGGGAGAUUCUGUGGAUAAUGUUAGUAAAGUACAACCAUUAUUUGUCCGACUUGAUGGUGAAACAACAACAGGAACUUCAUUUGGUGGAGAUGGUUUCAUAAAAAUGCGCACAUUGAUUUCAGAAAAUCUAGACUUUGAUGACAUGUUAUCAAAUUUUAAAUGCUUACGUGUUUUAAAAUUAUUUGGGCAUAAUGUAAUAGGGUUGCCAAAUUCAAUUGAGCAAUUAAUACAUUUGAGGCUUCUUCACAUCUCACGUACUAAAAUUGAGGAAUUACCAAAAUCCAUUACCAAACUCUACAAUCUGCAAACUUUAAGAAUUGAAGAAUGCCCUAAACUCAUGAAGCUUCCAAAAGACCUAAGCAAUUUGAUUAACUUGAGACAUAUUAAUAUCAUUGGUUUGAUGGGGUUAUCGUACAUGUAUAGAUUACACAAAAAUAUGAGGCGGUUGACUUGCCUUCAAACAUUGCCAUUUUUUGGUGUGGGUCGAGAUGAAGGUUAUCGGAUCAAAGAAUUGGGACCAUUGAAGAAUCUCAGAGGAGAAAUAGGCAUUUACAAUCUAGGGUACGUGGAAGAUGAGGAAGAAGCCAAAAGUGCAAAAUUAAAAGAAAAGGAAAUAUCCAACUUGGGAUUAUACUGGGAAUAUUCAAGAGCAGUGGACAGGUAUGAUAAAGAUGAAAAGGUGUUGGAAGGCCUCCAGCCUCACCCAAAUUUGAAAAGCUUGAGAAUCGAAUUCUACGGAGGAAAGAAAUUCCCAUCAUGGGUUGGUUUGUCGCUAUAUCACAAUUUGAUCCAUAUCUAUUUGAAUCAGUGUACAGAAUGUGAAGAAUUUCCCACUCUGGGGGAUUUACCCAGUCUUAGGGUUCUUGAGAUAUUUGGAAUGUGGAAGGUAAGAAAUAUAGGAAGUGAGUUUUACAGUUACAGUGAAGGGAGUUACAGAAAUACUACUGCAUUAUUCCCGGCAUUGAGAAUACUCAAAUUGCUUUUUAUGAAUAGCUUAGAAGAGUGGAAGGAUGCAGAGGAGUUGACAAGUGUAGGUGAGGUGUUGUUGGUGUUUCCUUGCCUUGAGGAGUUGUUUAUUAGAGGGUGUAAUAAACUGAGAGAUUUGCCAGAUUCACUGCACACCUGCGUUUCCCUUCAGAAGUUGGUAGUACAGGAUUGUCCUAAGCUGAGGUCAUUGCCAGGUGUCCCAUCCAUAACAACACUACCCAGUGGGGUACAGUGUUAUACAUCGUCUGUUGAAUAUAUGGAGAAUGGGGAUUGUCUGCCUUCUACUUCCUCCAUUCACCCCUCCCUCCAAAAGCUCAAAUUGUAUGGGUCUGUCCUGUUCCUGGACCAAAUUCAAUACUUCAUUGCCCUUAAAAUUCUGUGGAUACAGGAAUUUGGUGAAAUGGUAGCUUUACCAGAGUGGUUGGGCAACCUUUCCUCUCUUCAAGAGCUGUAUAUUGUGGAUUGCAAGAACUUGGCGCAUCUGCCUACCGAGGAAACCAUGCGACGCCUCACCGAAUCGAAAACGGUGAUGAUAUAUGGUUGCCCCAAAUUAAACAAUCAGAUUGACCACAAUCCAUUUAUUCAAUUUCCCAAUUCGUACCCACAUUGCAAAGAUUUUGAAGACUAACUCAGGAAGCUGGCAGAAAGUUCACAUCUGGGAAAAUAAUUAAGUUGAUGACAACUGUCGCAAAGGCACUUUAGCUCAGCGGCCUCUGCCUGAAUAGUGUGAAAUGCCCUUUGCUGUGACUCUUUUAGUUGCUGACAUGGAUAUAA